AUGGCCAACCACCUCCUUGGGGCCUCUCAGGCCCUUUGGGGGGCCCCCAAAGAGGCCCCAGGGACCCCCAAAGAGGUCCCAGGGGCCCCCAAAGAGGUCCCGCGGGCCCCCAAAGAGGUCCCGGGGGCCUCCAAAGGGGCCCCAGGGGCCCCCAAAGAGGCCCCAGAGGCCCCCAAAGAAGCCCCAGAGGCCCCUAGAGAGGCCCCAGGGGCCCCCAGCUUGGGGGCCCCUCCUGACGCGCCAUCUGCAGCCACGGGGGCCUCCAAUGAUGACGCCGGAGACAGCAGAUGCAAAUGCGAGACCCCAGACCCUUCGGGGGCCCCGUGGGGGCCCCCGUCGGGAGCCCCCCUGGGGUCUCAAGGGGAGCCCCCAUUGGGGUCUCCCCAGGGGCCCCCUGUGGGGUUCUGUAAGGAGGCCCCCUUGGGGGCCCCCCGGCAAAGCACUGGAGGGGCCCCCAACUCAACUGUGCUUUCUAAAACUGUUUUCAGGGUUUUGGAGUUGGGCAGCGGGGUGGGCCUUAUGGGGCCCCUUUUGCGGCGUUUGCUGCGCCGGGGUGGCCCCCUGGGGGCCCCUCAGGGGCCCCCCAAGGGGGCCCCCCAAGGGGCCAACCAAGGGGCCCCCCAAGGGGCCCCUAACUUUAGUGUUGAAGUUUACCUUACGGACAUCGUGUAG